AUGACCUUCAUAUCCCGCAGGGUAUGGAAUAGAGAUGACUCAUUUCGGACUUGCUUCACACGACACCAGCUCCACAAACUCAUAAAGACACUUUGUCUGGCCUACCGCAACCGUCACCUUCCCUUCGUCUCGCCACGUCAGCCGCAUUUCUCCACCAACUUGACGUCUGACUCGUUCCUCCUCGGUACCACCGCGUUGUGCCCGGUCAGACCUCACAAUCACUCCAUCAAGGAGGCUUCUGUACCACCGCUCUUACUUAGUCUCUUAUUGCACAAGAAUCUUGAGAUUGUUUUGUCAGACGCUAAUAACCCUCUGCUCCUACUCCCUCCGAACUCACUCCAACAUAUUCAUCGUCCUUUUCAUGUUUUCAGUGACAACCAACUUGCUCUUUGGUCUCCUUAA